AACAGCAACGUAUUAAAUAUUUCAUAAAUGUGAGGAUCAAUGGCUUCAACAUCAAAGAUGCAUUUAUUUGGUAGAGUUAUAAAGAAUACAAAAUGGUCGGCAGUUUCAAGGUCAUUUACUUCACAAACAUCGUUCAUAGAUUUGACAGUGGACAAAGAAGGUAUUGCUACAUUCACCAUGCAACGUCCACCAGCAAAUACUUUCAAUAUGGAAUAUCUACAUGAAAUAAUAAAAACGAUUGACGAUCUGUCGAAACAGCGGGUUAAAGGCAUUGUUUUAACUUCUGCAAUACCUAAUAUAUUUUCCGCUGGCCUGGAUAUAAAAGAGCUUUAUAAUCCAGAUUUACAGAGACUAGAAAACUUUUAUAUAGCUGUUCAGGAUGUCUUAUUAAAAUUUCUCGAAUUAGACUUCGCCGCCGCUGCCGCUAUAAACGGGCACACGCCUGCAGCUGGUUGCCUUCUCUCUCUAGCGUGCGAGUACCGUGCGAUGGUGAACGGUAAUUAUAAAAUAGGUUUAAACGAGACAGCUUUAGGUAUUAUAACCACGCCGUGGAUGCAAGCGGUGAUGUACCAGGUUAUACAGAAAAAAGACGCGGAAAGAGCGUUGACUACUGCCAAGAUGUUUAACGUGGAUGAAGCGUUACAGGUCGGUCUCAUCGAUGAAAUAGCAUUAGACAAGGAAGAUGCUAUAAACAGAUGCAAACAGUACAUCAAGAAAUUUGAUAAAAUUCCUCAACAGGCGAGAGCUUUGACGAAACAACGAAUACGACGAACACCAAUUAAAAUAUUAAGAGAACAACGUGAAGAGGAUCUUAGGAUGUUCUUAGAUAUAGUCAUGACCCAAUCAGUGCAAGAUAAUCUGAGAGAUUAUUUUGAAAAUCUUAAAAACAAAAAAGUGAAUAAAUAAACCGAA